AUGUUCCUGCGUAGGGCUUUCCUGGCUGGUGGAGCAGCACUGUUUGCUGCAGCAGUUCUGAAGCAUAGUGGGGAAGAUGCCAAUAUAGCUGCUGUGCUAUGGCCACCAACCUUCACUAGGAGCUGGGACCCCAACUGGGACCGACGUGAACCAAGAUCUCUGAUCAAUCUAAAUGACCUCAGAGGAAGUAAGGAAGAUUUGAAAAGCGAACUAAAAAAGUAUAAAGCGAGGGCCAGACGUCACAUUUUCCUUGUUCGUCAUGGACAGUACAAUGUAGCUGGUGAAAGCGACCCUGAAAGAGUCCUAACGUCACUUGGUCGUGAGCAGGCUAACUUAACUGGUCAACGCCUUGCUAAUUUGGGCUACACUUACAAUGAGAUGACCUAUUCUACGUUGCAAAGGGCCAAAGAGACAUCAGAAAUAAUUGGCCAGCAUCUGGGGAACAUGAAACUAACUGGUUCUGACUUGCUAAGAGAAGGGGCUCCCAUUAGACCAGAUCCAGAAAGUUCUGACUGGAAACCAGAUGUUGUGUAUUUUGAGGAUGGACCACGUAUAGAAUCUGCUUUUAGAACCUUUAUUCACCGUGCAGACCAUGAGCAGAGAGAUGAGAGUUAUGAGAUCAUAGUGUGCCAUGACAAUGUUAUCCGCUACCUUGUAUGCAGGGCUCUUCAGCUGCCUCCUGAAGCUUGGUUACGCAUGGAUCUAAAUCAUGGCAGCAUUACUGAACUUGUGAUUCACCAUGAUGGUCAUGUAACUCUAAGGAUGCUUGGUGAUGCUGGGUAUAUGCCUACUUCUAAACUCAGCUGCUAA